CGCGUGGCUAACGGAAGAAGUAUCGGUCACAAACACUCCUCAGCACAGCCGAGGCAAGCGCUGGCGAGAGCACUCGCCGUAAAAAGUCAGCAGGCAGCCUCUCCUGGUUUCUUCUGGAUUUAUAAAAUGCGGCCGCGUCUCGCGCUCCUCUACAUAACGCAAGCCGCCGGCGUGGCCAUCGGUCCCAGCACCGCCCGGUUGUCGCCGGCCGCGGUGGCCGCGCCGUCGUGGAUCCGCGCGACGCGAGAGAACGACCGGCUCGUCGUCGAGACGGCGUCCAGGGCCUACACGACGCCGGCGGGCGCGAAACUAACGGUGCGCGGCGUCGUCCACGUCGCCGAGGAGGCCUACUGGCGCGACGUUCAAAAUAUCGAGGGCCGCGUGCUCUUCGAGUCGAUCGUGGACGCGUCGCUCAUCGACGAGAAGGGCGCCCUCACGACGUCGAUCGCGGCGACGGACGACGCGCGGAGCGCCGCGGCGAGCUGUUCCUUAGUCCCGCAGCUCGACGCGCUCGGCGGCACGGCGAAAGCGAACGACUGGCGCGUCGCGGACCUCUCGCGCGCCGAGAUCGGCGGCGCGGAGCAGAGGCCGUCCGAGCUCCGCUACCUCACGCGCGACGUGCCCAAGAAAGAGCGCGUGGAAGUGACCUUCGGCGCCGCUGCGGCGCGGGUCCUGUGCGCGCUGGCGCCCGCGCCGGAGCUCGCGGUCGCGGCGCUCGACUGGCAAGGCGGCGGCAAGAGCGUCAACACGGAGGCGGCCGCUCGGGCAGUAGCCGCCGGCGCGCUCCGGCUUGACACGGGGGCGCUCUCCCGAUUAGGCCUCGCUCGAGCGCUCCUCGCCGAGGCGCCCGCCCGCUCGGCGGACGACGUCCUCAUCGGAAAAAGGAAUCAAAAAUGCGUCCAGGCCGUCACGGCGACGGAAGGCGAUGCGCACGUCCUCUACGGCGUCGCGCACCUGCGAGACCUCGACGGCCGCCUCCGGAAGGCGGGCUACGCGCGCCAGCGGGGCGAGGAGUGGUCGCGCGCCUUCGCCGUGCCGCUCGCCGGCGAGGGCGCGGCGCUGGCCGUCCUCGCGCCGGCGCUCCUGGUGCUCCUCGGCGUCGACGCGGCGGACUACGUGGCGACGCUCGCGGACGCGGCGUCCGGCGGCGCCGCGGCGGCGCUCGGGCUCUACGCCGUGCGCCACGCGGCGCUCUACUACGCGCUGCGGAAGUGGCUGCUGUCUUGA